GUCUUUGUUGAAAAAGACAGUGUUUGAAAAUUAGAAUGGCCAAUGGGAAAUGGUCAUGGCGUUUGGGAAAGUGUUCUUCCAAAUUGUCCUUUUUACCAGCACCGCCCCACGAAACUCCAUGACCUUUCCAAUUCAACACUGAUAUGAUUUGCCCUGCUGCCUUGCCUAGCUGUGAAUUCAUUCCCAAAAAGAAGAAAGUGAAUUCCGACACAACUUCUUUCUUCGUGCUUCUUUUAGAAACUUAAUUCUUCUUGCACACGAUUUUGGUUCUUCAGAAAAUAUUGAUCCCCAUCUUUCCGAUCGUGUCUCAACUUCAUUUUUCACUAAAAGUGAAUCCCGACACAGGGAUCUAAAUACUAUCUUUCACUUUAUAGGCACUAAUCCUUUGAUCAUCGUGUGUUGUUGUUGCUCUACUGAUUGAUCUAUUAUUACCAAUCUUGUUCAUGAGCAGAUCAUAUAAAGUUGAAAUGGGGGCUGAAUUGUUCAAAAAGUAUGCUGGCAGUUCAAUGAAAAUUUUCUACAGAUCACUUCUUAGGCAUCCGUUUCUUGUGGGUAUGGUUUUUAUUUUGAUUUGGAUGCACCGGUUGUUUCCUUUAUUCUUUUCGUUUCUGUUAUCUUCUUCUCCUGUUAUCGUGUCUACCGCUGUUCUGCUUGGAACUCUGUUAAGUUUUGGUCAGCCAAAUAUACCAGAAAUCGAAAAGGAACCCAAAUCUGAACAAUAUGAGAUUCAGAAAUUGGAAAGUAAGGUUAUGAGUCAAACUGAAACUGUCGAGAGAGAUGGAAACUUUGCUUCAGAGGAAACUAACAUCAGUAGAAUUGAAGUCGGAGAGAAGUCAUUUGAGGUGUUUAAUUCAGUUAACGAUGAUAAUUCUUGUGUAGAAGUCAAUAAACCUCUUUAUUUGGUUGAUGAUGGUGAGUUUGUGACCGAGGAAAAUUGCGAAAAUUCCCAAUUUGAGGAAGACCAGUUAGUAGACGAAGCAAAGAAUGAAAUAGAUGAAGUGAAGGUUGUUCUGGGAAGUCAUUAUUCUCCACUUAAGCAGUCAGAGGAUGAACGUAUCGUGUUGGAAAAUGAUGAUAAAUUAUGGGAGGGUUCUGCUGAUCCAUUGAAUUCUGAUCCUGCUUUGCUGUGGAAGCGUGUAGAAGGAGACGGCUAUGAUGAAGAUGAAGAUGAUGAUGAUGAUGAUGAUGAAGGUGAUGAUGAUGAUGAUGACGACGACUCAGGAUCUGAUCUUGCAGAGAGUUCAUCACCAGAUGCGUCAAUGGCUGAUAUCAUUCCGAUGCUUGAUGAGCUUCAUCCACUUCUUUCUGAAGAACAAGAAAUCCGUCAAGAGCAUAAUGAUGAUGAAGAUGGAAUGAUAAACCAUGAAGAUUCAGAACAUUCCCUUGAAUUGAGUGAAAGUAGCAGCGAGUCUAAUGAUGAAGAUGGUCAUGAAAACCAUAAAGAUGAACAAGUUGGAGAAGAAGAAGAAGAAGAAGAAUCUAAACACACUGACAAAGAAGAUGAACCCAGAUCCGCGAUUACAUGGACAGAAGAUGACCAAAAGAAUCUCAUGAAUCUUGGAACAUCAGAAAUGGAAAGGAAUCGCCGUUUGGAGAAUCUUAUUGCCAGAAGAAGGGCACGAAAAACCAUGAGAAUGCAAGCUGAAAAGAAUUUGAUAGAUUUAGAAAGUGCUGAUCUUCCAUGGAGCAUUCCUCCAAUUUCAACUACAAGAAGCAAUCCUUUUGAUUAUGAUUCCCACGAUAACAUUCCAGGGUCUGCACCUUCUGUUUUGUUGAAAAGAAGGAAUCCAUUUGAUCUUCCAUAUGAUCCGAAUGAAGAGAAACCUGAUCUUGUGGGGGACACUUUCCAGCAAGAAUUUGCAGGUUUUCAACCAAAGGAGCCGUUUUUUCGUAGGCAUGAAAGUUUCAAUGUGGGUCCCUCAAAUUUUGGGGCUUUGAGAAGUGAAAGGCAGGAAACUAAGCUAAGACCUUACUUUGUACCUGAGCGUACUUUUCAGAGACAAUUCAGUGGAAUUAGUGACUCUAAGGUCAGCUCUGUACCUGAUACUGAAUCUGUAUCUUCAGCUGAUGAUCUUGAAAACAAGGAUCAUGAAGAUGAACAGUCUCUAGAACAAGAACUGGUUUCUGAAAAAGAUCAAGAACAUGAACAUCCAGAGUUGAUUUCUGAAAGCCAUGAAAGACCUUACUUUGUACCUGAACAUGUUGCUUCAUUAGCCUAUGAAAGACAAUUAAGUGGGGUUAGUGACUCCAAGUUGAGCUCUAUACCUGAUACAGAAUCGGUAUCUUCAGCUAGUGAUCUUGAAAAUAAGGAUCAUAUAGAAGAUGACCACCAUUCUCUAGAACCCGAACUGGUUUCUGAAAAAGAUCAAGAACAUGAACAUGAAGAGUUGAUUUCUGAAAGCCAUGAAAGACCUUACUUUGUACCUGAACAUCUUGGUUCAGUGGCUUUUGAAAGACAAUCAAGUGAAGUUAGUGACUCCAAGUUGAGCUCUAUAUCUGAUACAGAAUCUGUUUCUUCAGCUGAUGAUCUUGAAAAUAAGGACCAUAUUGACCUUUCUCAAGAACCAGAACUUAUUUCUUUUGAAGAUGAUAUCGAUGACAAUGUGGAAUCUGUUCAAGUGAGGGAAGGAGAUGAAAGACUUCAUGAGGAUGAAAUAAGUGUUGGGAAUGUGAUGAAUCAACAAGAAGUAGUGAAUGUGGUCUCUUCUAUGGAGAUUAUGGCAGAAGCAGUUCAUAGCAGGGCAUCAAGUCUGUCAUCAUCUGAUGAAGUGAGUGAACAGGUAUAUAAUGAGAAAGACGGUGAUGAGGUGGCAACAUCAGUUUCAGAAACAAGUUCUUAUUUUGAAGAACAUGGCAGCUUAAUAGAAAGGUCUGAGAUUGAUGACACAAGUUUAUCGGUGGAAGAGAGUCACCCAAAAGAACCUGUAUAUGAUACGAGUCCUCGAUCUGUUACAAGGAAUCUCUCAUCUUCCUCAAUUUCUAAUGAUCUGCAUGCAAUUUCUGAGAGACAUGGUUCUUUUUCUGGUCAAGAUUCUCAAGAAACUGCUCCAAAAACUGAGAUGGAUUGCCAUGGUAAUGAUGUAGAGUUGAUAGAUUCAUCAGCAGCAGAUGAAGUUGGAUCAAGGAGCAUAACAAAUCGUGAUCUUAAUGACUUGGAACUAAACUUGGAGCCCUCUGUUGUGGAUGAUCAUCUGCAUAAAGAUGAAAGCUUUCAGCACACUGAUGAUCAACAUCAAUCAUCGAGUUCUGCAGAUGUUCUAUUGGACAUGGAUGCAUCUCAUCAGCCAGAACAGGUGGAAGGUUCCUCAUCAAACUCUAAUGGAAGAUCCCAUGAAAACACUCAACAGGAAGAAGUUAUAUCUCAACCAGAGGAGGAGGAUCCUGAAGAACUGCAGGUUCAAGAACAUAAACAAGGUGAAGUCACCUCAUCAAAUGGUGAAACAUAUGAAAACCCUAACCCUACCCAUCACCAAUUCAUAUCUGAAGAAGAAGAAGCUAUACCACAACCACAGGAAGAGGUCCCCUUGUUAGACACAACUGCAAACGAGCAAUCAGAAGACAAUCCUGAAUUAGUGCAGGUGCAAAUCACUAGCAACAACUUGGAUAAUUUGCAGAUGGAAGAACCACAGAAUGACAUUUCACGAAGCAUUGAUUCUGUAUUGAAUGCUCAAUUUGAUGUGGUUGAAACUGAAGAACCAGGAAACCGAGUGGAUCCCGAUGUGCCUGAUAACAUUGAGGAUGUAGAUGAGAUUCAUGAGAUGGAUGAAAAUUUUCUUGUGGAACUGGAUGCUGUAGGUGAUUUCAGUGUCAGUGAUUUAGUAUCAACUUCAAAUGAGAUGGAACAGGAUCCACAUGCUUAUGAUCAUGUUCUUGAGACUAAGCUUUCUGCAGAUGAAAAUUCUUAUUCCAAGGAUCUAGGAUCAGUCUUGAAUGUGACGGAACAGCCCCCGCAUGCUUUGGAGCAUGAUCUUGAAACUAAACAUUCUGGAGAUGAAAAUUCUUAUCCCAAGGAUCUAGAAUCAACUUUGAAUGAGAUGAAAGAGGACUCGCAUGAUCUUGAGACCAAGUGUUCUGCAGAUGAAGAUUCUUAUUCCAAGGAUUUAGGAUUGGAACAGAACCCACAUUCCUUGGAACAUGAUCUUGAAACUAAACAUUCUGAAGAUUUAGGAGCAACUUUGGAUGAGAUGAAACAGACCCCACAUGAUCUUGAAACCAAGCUUUCUGGAGAUGAAGUGUUGGGAUCCACUUUAAAGGAGAUGAAACAGGAUCCAGAUGCCUCUGAGCAUGAUAUUGAAACCAAACAUUCUGGAGAUGAGGAUUCUUACUCCAAGGAUCUGAGAUUAAGUUUGGAUGAUGAGAUGAAACAGGACCCACAUGAUCUUGAAACCAAGCAUUCUGAAGAUGAAGAAUCUUACUCAGAGGCUAUAGGAUCAACUUUGAAUGAGAUGAGAGUACAGGAGCCAGAGGCCUCGGGGCAUGCUCUUGAAACUUUCUAUUCUGUAGAUGAGUACGCUUUCUCCAAGUUUGUUGAAUCUGCUUUGAAUGAGAUGAAACAGGAACCACAGGCCUUGGAACAUGUUCUUGAAACCAACCCUUCUGCUGAUGAAGAUCUUUCCAAGACAAAACUCAAUAUGGAUGAAGAACAAGUAAUGGAGUCCCAGAAUGAGAAGGAAAGUAGCAACAUCGAGGUUGCAGGUGCUUCUGAAGCUGAAGCAUUCAAGACAAACUUGACCAACAACAAUACCAAUGAAUUAGUGGUGGCAUUGCCCCAAGAAACUGAGUCUAAUUCUAUUAGUGCCACAUUGGUUAACCAUGGAACAGAGAAUGUAUCAAGCACAAAUAACACGGAUAAAGAAUGAGAAGGAAAGAAGCAGUUUAUAUAUAAUAUGGUUUGGGGUUUUGAUUGGAGAUGAUGUACUAAGCUUACUCUAUAUUAGUUUCAGUUUUGCUCAGUGAGGCUUUCUGCGGUUGGGUUUUGAAAUUAUGGAUUUUUUGGUGGAAAUUUUUUGUGUUCUUUUGAGUGUUUGUUCAGGGAUGUUUUUGGUCUGAUGUAUUCAUUUUUGGUUGAAUGUAAAGUUUGCUUGAUUAAGGUUAGGGGUGGUUUCGGGGGUCUAUGGACCAUUGGUGUGUCUGUGUUGUAUUGCGAGUGUAAAGUUAUGUAGUUGAAAGAUUUAUAUACCUUGGCUUGUGUUU